AUGACGGCUAAAGGACGUCAAAAUUCUCAAACUUUGCACAAAAAGGAACUCGCUACCUCCUUCCAUAUUAAUCGAUCUAGUUGUCUUGGGAGUCUAAAACGUUGGAAAGGUAGGCUACGUAUAUGUAGGAUAAUUGUUCCGUGUGAUAUAAUCUUUAAUACACCUAUCGUAUUGGCCCUAUUUCGCAAGACGGCACUCAUUAUACAGUUGAUAUAUGAACUCACUCACAACGCCAUUGUUAUUUUCUCGCAAUGGAAAGAAUCACAUGAACCUACGAUUGAAGACGUAUAUCACAAAAGACAUAAUGAAAUGUGUACAUUUGAUAUAGUUGACACGUUUGGUAGUGGUUAUCACAGUCAUCCGGUGCAAGGAGAUAUAUUCCUCCUAGUCUAUGAUGUAUCCUCUUUACCGUCAUUUCAUAGAGUUCAAGAUUUGCGAGAACAAAUACGAGAAAUUAAGGGUUCUUCAUCACCCGUAUUGUUAGUUGGCAACAAAUGCGACGAGGUAGAAGGGCGCGUGGUGCCGUGUGAUAAAAGAGCGCUAGAACAAACAAUUUAG